AGAGUGACAAUCUUUUCCCUGUGUUGAUCACUGUUGUUCAAUGUGCGAUAGUCGUGUGUGGUGGCUAUGUAUCGCGCGUGUUGUUAGCCUGGCUUAGCGCCGCGUUCCAUGCGGCCGGACCUUGCCUCGAUGCUAUCGAUUAUGUUAUCUUUCCGCUCUGUGUUCCCCGACUGUGUGCUGUUUGUUUGUGAUUUGUGUUAUGUUCGUUCAUGUCGGUGAUUGUGUACACCAUCUAGGUGUAGGAACGUGCGAGGAUCUUGCAACAGAACGGUGUGUUGUUCUUCUCAGAGCUUGACACAAAUGUUUUCACGACAGCUCGAUACGCCCGACAGCAGGGUGCCAUCAUCUCAAACAAUCAAACCAAAGACGAAUCGGACUGAUUUCCAAUCAAAGUAGUGAAGAACAUCCAACGAACGGAGAAUCUCUCACAUCUCGUGAAGAUGACAGCGUCGAUGGAUCUGUGACGAACGAGCGGCGACAUAUGUGAAACGGUUGAAGCAAGUGUUAAACAGUCUGUAACGGUACCAGCAGAUGCCAAAAUCCAUGCGAUGAGCAACAUGUGAAUUGUACCGUUUUUCCAUACGAUCGCUAAUGUGGCUCACAUGUGACAUUCGAGUGAACGACGCGACGAGAUGUGCAUACAAAUCAUUAUAAUGUUCUCAAAAACCAAAGACCGAUGACGAUAAUAUCUAUUGGCCAAAUACUGGCGUUCUUUAGGCAGCUACCACUGAUUUGCUUCAGCAAAUUAUAGUGUGAGAUAUUUAGGGUCAACUAAAAGAACAACUGAAACUAAAAAAGCAUAGCAUUGAGCAUAGCAGCAUAAAAUAGAAUAGAAUCAUAACCCUGUGUGUAGCGUAGAAAGCAUUCCAUACAGCUUUUUCUUUUAACUUAUUUUUGGCCCAUUAUUAUACUGCGUUGCUCCAUGGUGGUGUACAAGUAGUACUAAAAUCGCAUCGGAGCUAUUGUUAGGCAUAGCGAUGCGCUUGAUACUACGCAAUCGUAAGCUGUUGCUGGCGGCUUUAGUUGCCCUAGGCGUGGUUUUUCUAUGCUGGAACUGGUCUGUUUUUUGGGCUUCCUGUUGGGGUGGCGCACGUUUAGGAAACAAUGCCAAAUUAGGCUACAUGGUUCGAGACGACGAGACACAAGAAGGCACGAGCAAUGGCUUCCGAUAUCACCGAAAUAUGCCGCUCAUAUUUAUCGGAGGUGUUCCUCGCUCUGGUACCACACUAAUGCGUGCCAUGCUCGAUGCGCAUCCGGAAGUGCGGUGUGGACAGGAAACGCGCGUUAUCCCACGUAUCUUGCAACUGCGAUCACAUUGGAUGAAAUCGGAGAAGGAAUCGGUGCGUCUAGUGGAGGCCGGUAUCACGAAGGAGGUGCUGAAUGGGGCGAUUGCCCAGUUCUGUCUUGAGAUAAUUGCCAAACACGGUGAUCCAGCACCCCGGCUGUGCAACAAAGAUCCGCUCACGCUUAAAAUGGGCUCAUACGUGAUUGAGUUAUUCCCGCAGGCAAAGUUUUUGUUCAUGGUACGGGAUGGGCGUGCCACUGUGCACUCGAUAAUUUCGCGUAAGGUUACGAUCACCGGUUUCGAUCUGACUAGUUAUCGCCAAUGUCUAACCAAAUGGAACCAAGCCAUUCAAACGAUGCACGACCAGUGUAAAGAAAUUGGCAACGAUCGGUGUAUGAUGGUAUACUACGAGCAGCUUGUGUUGCACCCGGAAGAAUGGAUGCGCAAAAUACUGCAAUUUCUUGACAUUCCGUGGAACGAUUCCGUGUUGCACCACGAAGAAUUUAUCAACAAAGAGAAUGGAGUCGCACUAUCGAAGGUGGAACGGUCCUCGGAUCAAGUAAUUAAACCAGUAAACCUGGAAGCGCUUUCCAAGUGGGUUGGAAAAAUACCAAACGAUGUGGUGCGGGAAAUGGCCGAAAUUGCGCCGAUGUUGUCGGUGCUCGGCUACGAUCCAUAUUCCAAUCCGCCCAAUUAUGGAAGUCCGGACUCGUACGUUCAGGAGAACACGUUUAAAGUGCAGUCGAACUCGCAAAUGUGGGAACAUCGUGCCAAGGAACUGCUAAACCGUAAGGCGCGUGAAGGCAUCGUCUAUCACGACCAUCCUUCGAAAUUGAUAGCCGACGAAGACGAUUAUGGCGCUGGAAGCAAAGAUCGCAAGAUGCGAUGAGGAGAAAUUACGCAUAACAACAGGAGUACCAACUCAUAGAAACCUACAAGGAGGUCUACCUGUGUCGUAUUUAUUCUGACAUUAGCGAGGCGAAAGUUAAUUUAAACCACUGAUGGGCUACCCAACCCAAUAGGUAUGAUAGAGAAAAGAAAGGAAUGUUUGCUUAAACGUAGCAAGCACAGGGAGUAUUUACUUAUCUGACCAUGCAGACUGCGCAUGCUUUAGUGCACUGCAAUUGCCUCGCCACGGUAUAAAUGACUGAUAAGCACUCGCUUUUGUGCGUGCUUUGGUGAAUGCGUAUCAGCGUGCCCAUUUAUACACAAACAUACCCAGAGGCAUGGACAUGUGUGUAAUGUAUAACUGCAUAAAAAUAGGCAUAUAGAUUUAGGUACUACCUAUAUCAUACAUCUCACGUUUCCCAUCAUUGUGUAUGGUUCCCUAUCUUCUCACUAUCAAGCUAGGUUUGAGAAAGUCAAAAAUUCUAUACCGAUAGAAACACAAGAAUCAGAAAAGUUUGAGUGCGCGCUUUUCGAACGCACAGAAAACAUACAGCAGCGUCAAGAUGCGGAAACUAGUGAUUACUGAAUAGUAAAUUUCUACUUAUUAUCCACCCAAAUCAAAUCUUUACUUACAAUUAUCUACUUAGCGCUAUUAUCUAAGGCGCUAAGCGGCUUAUAGAUUAUGGCAAACGAAGCAAACAACGUACAACGUGGAACAAUGAACAAUAUAUAGUACAGGACGCACACGAUUACGUUCAGAGAAGCUGUUAUACCUAUCAGGCACUAGUUUACAUAUGCAGCAACAUAAUGCAAGAUGAAACGAGCGUAAAGUGCCGAUUUAAAAUAGAGAAUUACAGUCAAGUGUAGUGAAAAAAUACCGAAAACGGACAAUUCGCGAACAGUAAUCCAGAAAAACGCAAACAACAAUCACAAACGCACAGAAGGGAAUGUUUAGAAUUUAUGUUUUAAGUAAAACCUCGAACAGGCGAGAGACAUAUUUUAGUGAUUUAGUGGCAAGAGAGCAAGCGAGCGAGCAGUUCGUACCCCUACUAGUUCAAUACAGGGGAAUGGCGCCCUUUCGGGAGUCACGGGCGGCUUCUUACGCUUGCCAUUCGAUUGAUCGAUAGAUGCAAUCCAUAAUCGAUAAAGUUGUUAAAAAAGUUUUUAUUGAGCGCUACAGCAGGGGGAAAUGCAAUGGUGUACUAUAAUCGCUGAUGGUAAUUUUAAAUGUGAAUGAGGGAGCAAUCGCGUCCUGUAGCAAAUGAAAUAAAACGAAUAAUAAGUAAUAAACUACGGAUACAAUUAGGCAUACAUCACAGAAAAUGUAUUACAACAAAUGAUACAGAUAGAACUGUCGAUGGUACGAAAACGUUAAUCAAUUUAAACCAACAGAAAAAAAAACUAUACAUAUGUAUAGCAGCCAUGGUUUUCUAAAGCAUUCAACGGCGAUUUUUAUUAUCGAUUUUAUGCCUGUUAUAUACACAAGCAAUUAUGCUAGCCACCGACGCACGCAUUCCUAUGCGACUAUAUUCACAUCUUAUGUCAGGUGAGUGCCAAUGAGCACUGAUCGUUAUGUGCUCAUUGACAUCAGGGAUUGUGAUAUAUGUUUAUUGUGAUAUACUUUUAAAGACACAUACAAGCUAAAUAUACAUUUUUUAUUUUCCAAUAUUUUUUCAGCCAAUUGUUCGUCCUAGGAACACUUGCUGAUUAGAACAUAUAGAUGGAAAAAAAAACUUCAAGCAAAAUUAAAACACACGCUGCUAUUAUACGCU